AAACUUAUUAGGUUGUGUUGAAUGAGAUUUUCCUCCCAGGUCAAACACUGGCCACACUCGUUCCCGCUCCUGAAGAAGUCACGUACACAGUGUGUUGAAUGAUAUUUCCUUAACACUUGUCAUUACACCAGAUUCCUCAAGCGGCUAUUCUCAAAUGUCGUAAUCAUUUGAUGUAUCUCGAACUAGUAAACGAUUGACAUGUAAUGACGUAGUCUCACUUGUAAAAGUGUUUCUGGUGUAAAAUGUUGUUACCGUGAUCCAUAAAUCAAAUUCAGCUCUGACAAGGGCUGGCUCAUCAGACCACCCGGGUCAAGUGACCUCAGUAUACAAGUGUUUCUGAUAAGGAUAGGAUGUGUUUUUCAGAUGGCAAGUCGUAGUGACAGAGCUGGAAAUGAUGUUUGAGCUAUUCUAUCCGUUCGUAUGUAUGGUAACCCUUUUAGCCAUACAUUUGCUUUUCUUCUUGAGUCGUGAGAUUAGCACCGUGCAGUCUCCCAAUGGAACGAUUCUGUUCAACAUCGUACCACCGAAUGGACCUCGCUUUGACUUAGAAAUCGCCGGAAAAGACGCAUCUGUACGUAAACUUUUUGAAGAAGUAUCGGCGUUCACUGGAAUACCGGAGUCGACAUUUCUACUUUUCAAGAAUGGCCAGAAGAUUAACGUCGAUACCCAAGUUGGAAAUGGCGGGAUAAUCCAUGUACACAUUCCCGUCCUCGGGGGAACGCCACCAAAACCAAGGAAUGGGGAUACUGAGCACAGCCAACUUCACCGAGAAGAUACAGAGCAGUGCAACUGCCAGGGUGCCUGUAACUGUGCCAUCUCCACUCCCAGCUCCCAUCAACCAAGUCCGCCGAGGUGGCAAAAGUACCAUCUGCCAAGCCCAAGCGUCUACCAGUCUAGUCCGCCGGGGUGGCAAAAGUACCACCUAUCAAGUCCGAGCGUAUUUCAGUCAAGUCCGCCGGGGGUUCAAAACUUCACAAUGUCCAGCCCAAACUCAUACCAGCCAAGUCCAAAUGUUUCCACGCCAAACGAUGUCUUCGAUUUCAACGAAGAGGACAACCCCAAAGUACUGCUGUAUGCUGCUCGAGAGAAGAGCCGCGAUCAGUGUAGCGAUAGCGACAGCGACCUGGGAGUCCACCGUUUGGAGUCGUCAGACGAAGACCCGUCGGAUUUGUCGGAAACAAACUCCGAGCCUUUCGACAGCUCUUUCUACAUCGAGCCACAGAGAACACCGAUGGAAAGACCAUCCAAGAAACGAACCGGUGGGUCUGGCGGAACGGGAGGAAAACUUUUCUACAAGGCCGUGAAACGUGAAACAUUGCACAGGGUGCUAUCAAUGAGCCCCUGCUGUCAAUCAAAAUGCUCCGGAAAGUUCAAAUAUCGGGACUUAAAGAAAAAUAGGGAAACAUACUUCGGCAAGGACGACGCAAAGGAGCGGUCGUCAUGGCUCAUUGACAAACUUGCUACCUUCGAAGACGAUAGCAAAGUUAAAGGCACAUUUUGCUUCAAAGCUAAUGGAAAGACCAUGUGUAGGAAAGCCUGGUGUAGGCUGUACGGGAUCACAAAGAACGUCUACUACAGAGGGAAAACCGCCUACCUAAAGGGUCGCACAUCAGCGUCGCAAAGGAUUCGUCCCCGCCGUGAGAGGUCGCCGAAAUAUGUGAAGGCCAUUGUUUGGUUCGGCAUGUACGCUGCUACCCAUGCUGAAAAAAUGCCCCACAGGACUGAGAUGUGGCUUCCAUACAGGACACGAAGGAAGGGAAUUUACCACCAGUACCGACAGGAAAUGUCCGAGCAAAUGGAGCCGUACUGUUCGAGGCAGACUUUCGACGACAUGUGGAGAGAGAAUUACCCUGACGUGAUCAUUAAAACGUCCAGCCUGUUUACAAAGUGUAAGAAGUGCGUACAACUGGAGAGAAGGCUCGAGAAGACACGUGAUCCAAGAAAGCGACAGGAGAUUCAGGACCGGCGUCGUGCCCAUCUUGGCCGACAAAUGCGUGAACGAGUCAAUUAUUACAGGAGAAGAGAAGCCGCUCGUCGAAAUCCAAACCGAUACCUGAGCCUUAUUGUGGAUGGAAUGGACCAAGCGAAGACGUAUCUUCCGCAUUUCGUUGGAGCAAGGUCAAAGGACAUGGAGGCAACAGACCUUAUGAAGGUGCACGUGUCAGGCAUGAUCAGCCACGGACACGGGAUCAAGGCGACGUUCACCGAUUUCUUCGAAUACAACCAUGACAGUAAUCUAACCAUCAAUCUGCUGUUAAAAAUGCUGUUCCGACUGUCUAAGCGAGGACCCUUGCCACCUAUAUUGUACCUGCAAGCAGAUAACUGUUUCAGGGAGAAUAAAAACAAGUAUAUGCUUGCCUUCUUGGAUCUGUUGGUACAUCGUAAGAUUUUCAUGGAGGUGCAACUGUCUUUCUUAUAUGUUGGGCACACACACGAGGACAUUGAUCAACUGUUUAGUCAGAUAGCUGACAAACUCAGACACGAAGAAGCGCGAACGCCCAAGCAACUAAUGGAGAAACUCCCGGACGCGGCGGAGAUGCGUGGGCUAUAUGAUGUCCGAGGCUGGUUGGAGCCAUAUAUUGUCGACAUCAAGGGCCAUUCCAAGGUUGGCUUGUUUCGGUUUCGAAACAGCAAAACGGUACCCGGUCGCGUGGACAUGUUCUACAAACGGAGCCAUGACCACAAAUGGAAGCACAACAAGAGCGGCAUGUUCCGCACAGACGACCAGGGCCGACCGGUUAGACCAACAGGAAAACCAAAGCUCUUACUGCCGGUCUUCGAGACGAGACAGAUCAACAUCAACAACCUGGCAACACAGAAGCUCCCGAAGUGGACGCCAUACCUAGAGUCUCCGGUAGAAACAACUCAGUGGAAUGAAUUUUUCCAAGCCUUGAAGACCGCGUCCACAAGUAGACCUGAUCGCAUACGUUAUGCGUUAGGAGAUAGGGCAGGGUGGACACUGGACCGGCUGGCGCCAUGUGACCCGACGGAGCUGGCUAAUCGGGAAGGAGACGAGGCAGCCAUCCCUGAUGAGCUGGAUCGCUUGUUGGCAGAGGAGAUGGAAAGUACCGAGAUUGUCGUUCGAGGAACAGCAUUCGGGGCGAGGGGACGAGGAGAAAGAAGAGGACGUCCGCGUGGGGCCCGUGGAGGUGGGAGAGGAUGUCCGCGUGGGGCCCGUGGAGGUGGGAGAGGACGUCCGCGUGGGGCCCGUGGAGGUGGGAGAGGCCGCGGGCGCUGCUAGAGCUAUCUACAUCAUCUUUGUCAUUUGAUCUUUUCCCUGUUUUUCUUAGCUGUUAGAUGUAGUGAUUUCAGAUAUGUAAGUUGUUUCGAUAUUACACAGCAUUAAUAGCAUUAGGAAAAGUGGCACACUACACUGAAUAAGUCAAUGUUGUACGUUCAUGGACACUAGACACGCGUAUUGGGUGGAUGAAGAAAGUUCUAUUUCCCGCAAGGAGAUCCCGCACAGAAAUCCAAAUAGAACAUGCAAAUAUCAUAUUAGAAAACAUUUCUUGAAACACCCACUGCCAUCAUCGUACUACGAUGUAAUGUAAAAUUUGUGUUCAUCUCUAACGUUUUGAGAUGUCACAAGAGGUAUGUUAUAUAUGAAAGGUAAAACAUAGCGUAGCUUAGCUUUCCUGUUAUUCUCUGAUCCAACUUCGUGCAUGUAGCCUCAGUGGGCAUGCGGGUACAAUAAACUUCAUCGUCAUGGACUAUAACUCUAGAAUAUUGAUUAUCUUUACACAUAGAUGGAAACUACCAUGUACUACUAUGUACCACACUUAAUGAACAAAGUAUUGUACGAAAAGCGGCAUAGGGUGGUCAUUUUACCACACUUGUUUCACUAAAAACUUUUAAUCUGUUCUGUUUUCCUUUUGGUAGGCAUCAGAAUCAAGAACAUGUUUUGGUCAUUUGCAUGGAACUGAUUAUGCUAGAAUGAAUAGAAAAAUCAUAAUGUUAAUGUUGACAUUAUUUGUAGAAUUAUAUCAGUUGAAUACAAAACUAUAACCUUUUAUCGGACUGUUGAUUUUUUAAAUAAAAAGUUAUUGCACCAUGUAACUCCCAUUCUUUUAUAGAGAAUCGCUUUUAGGAGGCUUUUAGCCGCGCUGACGAGGCUGUUAGUCGCGCUCGGGCAGGUGGCUUUUAACCGCGCAUAGACAGGCGGCUUUUAACCGCGCUCGUAUAGGUGGCUUUUAACCGCGCAUAGACAGGCGGCUUUUAACCGCGCAUAGACAGGCGGCUUUUAACCGCGCUCGUAUAGGCGGCUUUUAACCGCGCAUA